AUGGACACUGAAAUCAAUACAUCUAGUGAGUUAUUAAUAAAGGAUAUGACAAUAUCGAAGGGAGAUGGGGACAAAACCGGCGAGAAGAUCGAUUUGGCGAAAGAAGUAAAAGCUCAAUCAGAACCGGUGGAGUGGGAGGAAGAGGGUUCGGAGGAGGAUGAAGCCAGAACGGAGUUAGGGCUUGUCAUUCGAAUUUUUACGAACCGGCAUAUUAAUCAAAAUGCUUUCAUCACCACCAUGAAGAACAUAUGGCAGGCGAAACAUGAUAUGGAUAUUAAAAACAUUGGCAAAAAUUUGUUUGUAGUUCAAUUCUAUCACUGGAGGGAUAAACAACGAGUGAUGGAGGGUCAGCCCUGGCACUUCGAUAAACAUGUGAUUCUGAUGAAUGAUAUUAAAGGUAAUUGUAAACCUUCUGACAUUCAAUUAUGGGAGUUCCCGAUUUGGGCUAGGGUUUAUGAUUUGCCGUUUAAGGGGAGAUUAAAUUCCGGUAAUGUCGAGGCUAUUGGGAACAAAAUAGGGACCUUUAUUACAAUAGAUAAAUCUGGAGCAGUGGGAAUUGAUAAAUCAAUCCGGUUACGGAUUAUGCAUGAUGUUCGAAAACCUCUUAUUUCAUCAGUGAAGAUCCGUAUGAAAUCUGGUGAGGAGGAAUCCUUCGCAGUCAAAUAUGAAAGGCCUCCCCUUUUCUGUUUUUAUUGUGGAAAGGUUGGACAUGUGACAAAAGAUUGUGAGGAGGAAGAUAUGGAAGAAGAAGGGGUGGUGAAAUAUGGGGGGUGGUUAAAGGCUUCGCCUUGGAAGCUGGCUGAAACGGGGGAGAAAGGGGGAGGUAGGAUGAGUGAGAACUCUUGCGCUCGUGCGUUGUUCAUUACCAAACCGAAGAAAAUUGUGAGGGAGGAGGUAAAGGAGUCUGUGACGGCAGUUGUGGAGAAAAUGAAUAGCUGGGUAAUUAAGGAAAAAGAGGUGGAGGGAAGUGUGGAUCAUGAGCAGUCUGAGAGUGAGAGUGUAAGGCCUCUAGGGGAGAAUCUGAUGAAGGGAGUUGUGAUGGACAGUUACGAGGAAGGGGAUAAGGAGCAGGGAAGGAGUAGUAAGGGUAAGGAUGUGGAGAAUAGUGGUGAAGUGGCUCAGAAUAGAGUAAAGGCUGAAAAGGAAGUUAAAAAAUGGAAGAAAAUCGCUAGGCAGCGAGAUAAGGUGGCAAGGGAAGUUCCCCAAGUCUGGGGUCUUAAAAGAACUGAGAGAGGAGGAGGAGUGGCAGGUCUUGAUGAAGUGGAAAUAGAGGAGUUACGUUACUUGAAGCGAGCUGGCUUAAGCGUGGCAGAUGACGCACUGAUGUUGACAGUACCUACUGAAGAAAAAGUGGCGAGCCCCACGGUUUGGGCUCUCGGUGACCAAUGA